UACAAUAAUGUCAAUCAUUGGAAACGAUUGGGUAUAAAUGGACCUAGACCAUUGCCAUUAUUAGGCAAUAUAUUGGACCUAUUAAAAGGCACUACUGAUAUACCCUGGUAUAGAAAAUAUGGAAAAUCUGGAAUUUAUGGUAUAUUUGAAUUUGACACCCCGGUGCUGACUGUAUGCAAUUUUCAAUUGGCCCAGAAAGUCCUGGUCAAACAUUUCGAUCAAUUUCAUCGACUGGAUCUAAAGUAUCCGGAUCAGAUGAACAGGGUUGGCAGUUUUUUGAACAACAAUAUAAGUCGAUGGAAACAAAUACGUACCCAAACAACCCUGUUUUUCAAUAGCGCCCGAAUGCGCGUACUGUACGACCAAGUUAUUGACCAAUGUUCGGCUAAUCUGGUCAAACAUUUUGCCAAUAAUAUCGGUACAGACGGUCAACAAUUUGCAGUCAAAGCCGAAAUAUCUCGUUUAACGGUCGAUAUAUUUAUGGGCGAAGCUUUCACCCGAGACAGCCAUAUGGGUAACUAUGGGGAUCGGGAUCCGGAUAAACAUCGCCAGUAUUGGUCAUUAGUUGCGGCCGGUUUCCGAUUGGACGACGAAAUGAAAUGGCGUGAACUGAAUGUACGUAUGCCUGAGUUUGUCCAAUCAGUGGUCAAUUGGCUGACGGGUCAUAAUUUGUGUAAAUCUCUCGGCGAAGUUGAACACCUCAUCAGUGGCUAUCUUAUCGAAAGACUAGAGAAGCCGAUCGGUGGCGACAACACCGAUAAAAAUGAAAACCUGGAUAUUGUCGGCAGUUAUCUAAAAUUGAUUGAUAAAAAUGUUAGUCUAACGGAUCCGUUGAGCAUCGAAAUGAUGUCCUACUAUCUGGUCGUCCAGUUUCUCGGCCUAAUCGGCGGUACUGGCGAUACCCUAAGCGAAUUUGUCGUACAUUUGGCCCGUUAUCCGGCGGUACAGAAAAAAAUGUACAACGAAUUGGCGGAAGCGCUAGAAAACAGUGACCAACAAGUAGUGAUGGACAACAUAGCAACUACCGGUGCUAACAGUAGUAGUAGUAGUGGUAGUGGUAGUCGCGGGCGUCGUAAGCUAUCCUACGACACGCUAACACAGUUGCCAUACUUGGACGCCGUCGUCAAAGAAUUGUUUCGUAUAAACACGGCUUUCCGAUUGUCCCGUGUGUUUGCCGGCAGCCGGGAUUCGGAAGCGGCCCGAAUAUUCCCGGGUAUACGACUGGCGCCGGGCGAUCGUAUUGAUGUCCAACUGACAACCAUACACCAGUCGGCUGAACUGUUUCCCCGACCCGACCAAUUCAAUCCCGACAGGUUUCUGGAUCCGGCCAACGAAAAUCGUUGGUCUAAUUUAGGUUCAAAUACCUUGUUGUCGUUUGGCCAGGGACCACAAAUGUGUUGCGGUACCCGCUUAGGCCUACUAGUUGUUAAAUCAUUUUUAUCGCAUAUGAUGUACGCGUAUGAGUUUUGUUUGCCGCCCGAACCGGUUGACCAGUCAAGGCCUGAUUGGAUCAAAGGACUUGAUGUACCCGAAAAUUUCUAUCAAACUAAAUGCUGUAUUAAGCGUAGAAAUUGAGUAGAGUAGUAGU